UGAGUCUGGACCAGAGGAUCCACACGCAGGCAGAUGACAUGUCUACGUGCUCGGACAGACAGAAACCGCUGGAGCCUGGGGACAGGGCCAAGUUCUUCAAAAAGGAAAUACUUGCAGAAAAAUAUUCCUGUACCUACCACAGCCCCACUGGCUGGUCAGAGCCCAGUGACACCCUGGAGCUGAUGGUGACAGGAGUCUAUAGCAAACCCAGCCUCUCCGCCCUGCCCAGCCCUGUCGUGACCUCAGGAGGGAACGUGACCCUCCAGUGCGGCUCAGGGGAGGGAUUUGACAGGUUCAUUCUGACUAAGGAAGGAGAACACAGGCCCCCCUUGACCCUGGACACACAUCCAGAUCCCAGUGGGCUAUCCCGAGCCCUGUUUCCUGUGGGCCCCGUGACCCCCAGCCACAGGUGGACAUUCAGAUGCUAUGGCUUAUUUAAGAAACACCCCCAGCAGUGGUCUGACCCAAGUGACCCCCUGGAUCUACAGUUCUCAGGUCUCCCAUCGUACCUGAGAGUCGUGACUGGGGUCUUGGUGGCCUUCUUCCUGGUGAUCUCCCUUCUCCUCUUCCUCCUGCUUCGACACCAGCGUCAGGGCAAAGGCAGGAUGUCUGGUGAGUAGAAAAUGGUGUGACCUGGGUCACACAAGGUGGGGUUC